AGACACCACCAACACAUCAACACAACUUCUAUAUAUUUGGAAGAAAAAACUCUCUUCUCUUUUUAGUGUCUCUCCUUGUUCUUGUUUCUGUAACAAAAUCAAGAACAACGACUAAUUAACUAAUGGGUGGUAAAAAUAGAUCUCACAGUAGCAAGAGGUUCUCUCUCUUCAGCUUCUUCAAAACACGAAGAUCUCACAGAGUGGAAGCAGACGGCUCAUGGGACGACUUCGGUUACACUCGCAAGGCAAUGGCUAGUGAUGAAGACAAACGUUAUUGGGUCGCUGAACCAGGCAUCGACCGUAAAGCGUCUGCCUUCAUCGCCAAGUUUCAUGCAACUCGUGUCUCUGAGUCUGAGCGCCAGACUCUCUCUCCUUACCGAUCCGAAAAGGCAUGAUGAAUAUGAUGAUCAAGAGCUACCUGAUCUGAUUCUAUGUAAAUUGUCUUCUCUUUUUCUAUGUCCUUGUGAUAAUUCAUUGAUUGUGUCUUAAAUGUAGUUAAUAAUCAAUCUUUCUCCACAAUUAUCAUUCUUAUUGCCCUCUCUUCAUCUUCUAGCUAAUUUAAUCAUAUGGGGUGUUUUUUUGUUGUUGUGAUGACUGUGUCAGUUAAUAAAUUCCAAAUACAAAAUAAC